AUGAUUCCAAAUAAUAUGGUAUCAUCCACCUACAAUUACCAUAAGCAACAAUAUCCACAUAAGCCUAACAUCGCCGGCUUGUUGCAGAUUUUAAUGGAGAAAAAUCUGAUAGCGGAGACAGGGUCGAGUUCCAGAGCCAUAGAAUUGGACCAUAUUCAGGAGGAGAUUAAGGAGGUGACUGCCGUUCCGGAAGUGAAGGAGAAGAAGAAGAGCAGAAAUGCUUUGAGGAAGGGGUCGGGAGGUGAAGAGGUCCGAGCUAUGCAGGAAGCAUUGCAAAAACUAGGAUUUUAUUCGGGUGAGGAAGACAUGGAGUCUUCCAGCUUCUCGAGUGAACAAAGCCUUCAUUUUCUUCAACCAGAUUGUAAAGAAUUGUAG